AUGAGGGGCCCGCGCUGCGCCCCGCUGUUGCUCCUGCUGCUGCUGUCGCCUCUGCUGCUCAUACCCCCCGCCGGGGACGCCGCCGUCAUCACCGGGGCCUGCGACAAGGACCCCCAGUGUGCCGGAGGCAUGUGCUGUGCUGUUAGUAUCUGGGUUAAGAGCAUAAGGAUUUGCACACCUAUGGGCAAAGUGGGAGACAGCUGCCAUCCGCUGACUCGUAAAAACCAUUUUGGAAAUGGAAGGCAGGAAAGAAGGAGGAAGAGAAGAAAAAAGAAAAAGGAGGUUCCAUUUUUUGGGCGGAGAAUGCAUCACACGUGUCCAUGUAUGCCGGGCUUAGCCUGUUUACGGACUUCAUUUAAUCGAUUUAUUUGUUUAGCCCGAAAGUAAUCACUUGAGAGUAGAAACUUUAAAUGUGAACAGCUACAUGAUGUCUGUAAAGUCUAUUUACUUGUGAUUGUGCCAAACAAAUAAUAUGCCAGAAAGAAAUGCUGUUGCUUCCUCGGCUAUCCAAGUAACAUUUCUAUCUUUGAUGUUUAAAUGACUUUUUUUUUUAAUUGAAAGCGGAUUUUAAUUUUGGAUAUGAAUAUAAAGUGCGGGGCAUUAUGGAACCAGUUCUCAUUUUCCCGUCUGUGUUUUGAUUUGGCUGGGCUCUUUUAAUGCCAAUAACUCACCUAUUUUCACAGAAAUGAGAAGAAUAAGAAUUUGAUAUUCUGUCACAGGAAAUUUUUUUUUCUUAAACCCUCUCCCACCAGCCCUGCCCAACACGCGCACACACACACACACACACACACACACUGGGGUCUCUUUUCUCUCUUCAAAGAAUUUUAAGGCUCUCACUUUAUUUUUCACCAUUUCCCUCACCAGUCCUCUAGCCUUUGAAAGUGGGGAGCAGGGUUGUUCCACAGACUCUCAUUUGCUCGUAGAAUCACUGUUGAGACUCGAGCUUUUUGCCUGAUACUUAAACAGUGAAGGCUGUGCAGUUGAACUAGACGCUCCAGACUUCUAGAUGGAGUAGAGGUUGGAGUGCUUCCAAACUUUCACAGAACCUGUCCAUGCGACAAGACUUCGAGUCCAGUGUGUGACAGGUGUGAGUGAGUCCAGAGGGAAGGGAAAGUCAAGUUAGUCCAUAUAUUUAGAUUUGGGUUGGUUUAAAAAAAACUAAAAACUUCUCCAAUACGACAUUACAUUUAUUUAUCUUUCUCUUUAUGAAGUUUUUUUUUUUGAAGUCUCACAGAGAUGUUCCAGAAAAUGCCACUUGAAGAGGAAGUAUUGAUUUUAAUCUGGCAUAACCCCCGUUACUAUUUUAAAAUCGGUAUUAAGUUGUAAUUUAAACUUCAUUUGUAACCAGAAGAUCUCUUAUAAUGGAUUACCUGACAUUCUGCCAUGUGUACCUAUAUCAAUAUUGCCGUGUAAAAAUUCUGUAUCAGAAUAAUGACAGUAUUGUAUAUCAUUUGAUUUAUUUUAAUAUUAUAUCCUUAUUUUUGUCACUGUUGUCGUCAGUUUUUAUUAAAAGCAGCUUUCUCUUAGCUCGCAUUCUAAAAUGGGCAAAGACCUCCCAACGCUGGGCAGAUGGCACUCAUAGGACCUGCUUGUCACUCACUUUCCAUACAGGAAAGUUCUGUUCGCGUGAAUCUUAAGGUCAUAAAAAAACAAUGUGUAAAUCAGUAAGAUUUGGGAACAUGAAGGAAGAUUGUGACGUGCUAAGCUGGCUGUAACAGGAAUGCACUCCUGUGAUGUCACUGUUGAUUCAGCAAAUCAUGACCCAGAGUUUAUCACGAGCCACUAGGCAGGAGGCUAGGUGCUAGCCGAACAGUGAUGAAGAACCUUGAAAAACCCCACCAAGUAUUGUAAAUGGAAUCAAUGUCGCAAAUAAACAACUUAUGAAAUGUGUUUAACUGACUAAA